UGCUUUAUAAGUUUUGACUUUUGUAGUAAGUUUUAUUUUUAAUGGAGCAUUCUUUGCUAGAUAACUUAGCUUUGCUUUGACAUCGUGACAAAUUGCUACUGAAAUAAGAUUCGUGUUUUUUUAAAUAACUCAAACAUGAAUAUCGUUUAUGCAGUCUGCAUAGAAUUGCUGCAGCCAUCGGCAGUUAUUUGCAAUACACAAUGUGGACACAUAUUUCAUUUGGAAUGUUUGACUCGUUGGCUGCAAAGCAAACAAACAUGUCCGCAAUGUCGAAGAAAUGUUACUGCAAACAAAAUAAACAGGGUUUAUUUAACUUUUGUGAAUAACGGUGGAGUCGAAGAAGAGAUUGAAAUAUUGAGAAGCAGCGUGGAAGGUUUGGAGCAGGAAUUGGCCCUAAAACAAAAGGACCUGGAUUGUCAGAACUUAACAGCAAAUAUGUUAUAUUAUAUACAAGUUCGGUGUCUUCGUAAAGAAAACACAAAAUUGAAGAAAGAAAGAUUAUCGUUAAAGAGUACUAUUUUUUCACAGAAAAAGCAAGAACAAUUAAUAUUUAAUGAUAUGGAAAAAUUGAGAAAAAACCUUGAAUUAUACAGCAAUGUAAAAUAUUUGGUGAAUUGUGCUAUAGAUGAUUUGAAGGAAAUCGUGAGUGAGACAGAAUCUCGUGAAACUUUAAUUACUUAUAUCAAGGUUAUGAAACUGAGGACGCUAGAAUUACAACAAUCCAUUAUUUCGGUAUCUCACGAGCGAGACUUAUUGUCUUAACAGCUACAGCGAAAAAAAUCGAUGCCUGAAAUAUUUUCCGUUGUAGUAAAGGCAAAAAAACCGAAAUCGGAGGAAAAUAUUAUAGACGAGAUACUAAUAAUUGAUCUGACAUAAAUUUAAAUUAAUAUAAUAAGUAUAUAAAUUAUUUUAAUUUUUCUUAGUAAUAGUUUAGGGCUGAAAAGUUUUAUCUGAAAUGACGUCUAUUAUUAAAUUAAAGCUAUUAGCUGUAUUUAAUUCUAAGAAUAUUUAUAAAUUUAAGUGAAAUUAACUUUGAACUGUUUGCCAUCCUUAAUUUCUAAAAAAAGUUAAUUUUUAAAAAGUCAAAAUGGCGAAACUACUCUGACAAAUUUUGUAUUUAUAUAUGUUAGGAGAUUUACAAUAAUUAUAUAUUC